AUGUCUUUUGCAUUUAAUUCAUCUGAAUGCAACACUGCUAAAUCUCUUCACUACUUUAAAACUCCAACUCAACCUACUAUUGUCCGCUGUUAUUGCCAAAAAUUUCAUAUUCUUUUUACUUCUAAUAAUCUUAACAUUCCACCUAGACAAGCAACUCCCCCUCCUUCUUCUCAAAAAUCCACAUAUAUGGAUAUCGAUAUUACAUCUAAACAA